AUGCCUCCCCUGUCCUUUGGAUGGCAUGCCUACCUUGUCACCUGGAUGGCAUGCCUACCCUGUCCCCUGUAUGGCAUGCCUACCCUGUCCCCGGUAUGGCAUACCUACCCUGUCCCUGGCGGCAUUUUCCCAUAUUCUCUGUAUGGCAUGCCUACCCUGUUCCCUGGAUACACCUACCCUGUCACCUGUAUGGCAUAUGCUUUUGUCCUUGGAUGGCAUUGCUUCUGUCACCUGGAUGGCAUGCCUACCCUGUCCCUGUAUGGCAUGCCUCCCUUGUCCCCAGUGUGGCAUACCCCCUGUCACCUGGAUGGCAUGCCUCCCUGUCACCCGUAUGGCAUGCUCCCUAUCCGUGGCAUGCUUCCCCAUCUGGAUGGCAUGCCUACACUGUCCCCUGUAUGGCAUGCCUUUGGCAUGCCACCUGGAUGGCAUACCCUCCCCUGGCACGGCAUUCCUUCCCUGUCCCCUGCGUUGUGCGCCUCCCUAUCCCAGCUGGCGAUGCCUACACUGUCCCCUGAAUGGCAUGCCUACCCGUCCCCUGUAUGGCAUACCCCUGUCCCCUUGUAUGGCAUGCCUCCCUGUCCCCUGGAUGGCAUGCCUACACCGUUCCCCGAAUGGCAUGCCUUCGUUCCAGUGUAUGGCAUGCCUUCCAUGUCCCCGGGAUGGCAGCCCCCUGUCCUGGAUGGCAUGCCUGCCCUGUCACCAGUAUGGCAUGCCCCCUGUCACCUGGUUGGCAUGCCUCCCCGUCACCUGGUUGGCAUGCCUCCUCUGUCACCUGGAUGGCAUGCCCCCUAUUCCCUGUAUGGCAUGCACCGCCCGGCGGCAUGCCUACCCCUGUCCGUGGAUGGCAUGCCUACCCUGUCAUGGAUGGCAUGCCUCCCUGUCACCUGGAUGGCAUGCCUCCCCGUCACCUGGAUGGCAUGCCUCCUGUCUCCUGGAUGGCAUGCCUCCCUUGUCAGGCAUGCCUACUCCUGUCUCCUGGAUGGCAUGCCUACCCUGUCACCUGGAUGGCAUCCCUCUGUCACCGUAUGGCAUGCCCCCGUCCCCCCAGCGGUAUUUCGGCACCCCUGUCCCCUGGAUGGCAUGCCUACCCCUGUCACCCGGAUGACAUGCCCCUGUCCCCUGUAUGGCAUGCCUACCCUGUCACCUGGAUGA